GUGUGUGUGUGUGUGUGUGUGUGUGUAACAUAGAAAGGGAGGGGACAAAAAGGGGGGUCUGUAGGUAUUUUUCAUUGUUGGUCGAAAUGCAUUACAUUGCCCUGACCGUGCGGGGGAAUGUGGCGAGUUGGUUUAACGGUAGCUGUUCCCACUGUUUUCUCACGGGAAAACCGCACGAGAAGUGGGCGUUUCGAGCCGGAGUGUGACCUGGCUGUUCUCCGGGAACACGCCCAACACUACAACCUUUACAGAUGACGACACGCACUCUUAGGAAAUAAUAGGAAAUACUUUGUGUUAAGUCAGCCGUUCGAUACGGCUUUAAAAUAAAACUUACAGACACAUCUCGGUUGCUCUUCGUGGUGAGAAACUGGGAAUGUUGACUGAAUGGAUCUUUCGGGGUACUUGGAGGUUUGGCGCAAAUAAUCCUUGGAUGUAACAGGGAGAACAACUGUUUCUCUUUCUUUCUCUCCUGUCUGUCUCUCUCCUGUCUCUCUGUCUAAUUCUCGCUAUUUCUCUCUCUCUCUCUCUCUCUCUGUGUCUCUCGCUCUCUCUCUCUUUCCCUCCCUCUUUCUCAUAAACACACACGCUGCAAGAAGCGCGCCGCGUGUCACUUGAGCGAAGUUGCAGUCAGCUGCUGGCACAAGCCUCUGACUGAUGACGCGGGCGCUUGAAGAGCUUGAGCGCAGCAGCACUUAUAAUUGCCCCCAAGGUCCUCCGUUCCAGCGGCCGCUUCUCUAGCCGUCCCACCAGAUACAACGUCUUAACAUGACACUGGCCGUACGAGGAAGUAAAUUCUAAACUGAAAAUGCAAAUAGCCUGAUUACCGGACACAAGAAUGCUCGUGGAUAUCUCGGUGGGUUAAGGUUUCGCGUAACGCGCAGUUGGACCGCAGUUGGACUUCCGCGGGGCCGGGUGUACUUAGCGGGGAGGCGAACAUGCUCUGGCCGUGGUUAACCCACUGGAUUGCGGCUUCGUUGCUUAGCAGCGUCGGGGCACAGUACUCCAGUGACCAGUGCAACUGGCGAGGAAGUGGUCUGAGCCAUGAGUCCCACCAGCAGGACGUGGAGCAGGUCUACCUGCGCUGCUCCCAGGGGUCCCUGGAGUGGCUCUACCCGACGGGGGCCCUCGUCGUCAACCUGCGGCCCAACACGGAGCCCCCUCCAGGGGGCGGGCCAUCACCGGGGCCCCAGGCUUGCAUCAAGGCCCGGGCCGACUCCCAGGGGGCCCGGGUGUAUGUGGAGCGGGCCGGGCAGCUGAGACUGCUGCUGGGGGAGGGGCAGCAGGGGGCCAGGGUGCAGUGCUUCAGCCUGGCAGAGGGGGCGCUGUUUGUGGAGGCAGUGAGCCGGAGGGACGUGGGCAGGGAGACGCUGGCGUUCCAGUAUGAGCUGGUGACCAGUCCCUCCGUCUGGACUCCCAGUCACCCAUACCUGGGAGCUGACCCAGCCUCCUGUAAACACUGUUCAGAUGAAGAAGUCCUCAUGGCUGUGUGUACCAGCGACAUUGUGGGCCGGGGUAGAAUCCGUGGCGAAAAGAGCUCCUUGUCGCCGGGCGCAGACUACCACUCCGUUUCCAUGGAACUGACGCGACUGUUCCGUCAAAAGGGUGGGAUGUUUGCAAGGGGCGGGGCCAGAGGGCGGGGCUUGGGCAUCACUCUGAACGCGCCCCUGCCGUGUGGUGUGGGGGCGGAAAGAAAGGGGGAGGAGCUUCUUGUCACCGGGGCAAUUCACUUUGGGGAGGCGUGGCUUGGCUGCACUCGGAGAUACAGGGACUUCCUGAAGCUGUACCGGGCUGCACAGGAAACAGGAAGUAACCCCUGUCACAUGGAAACUGACUGACAGCCCUCCACCAAUCGUUUGGCAGGAAUAAACACUGGGGUUGAAUGUGCCAAAGGAAAGAGGGAAAUACUGGCCCAGGAUUGGUUGAAGGGUAGUAAGUGACGGUUUGCUGAACCAAUGGGAGUAGCAGAGUGGUCAGAGGGGUGGGACCAACAGUGGGGCUGAUGCAUGAUUGGACCUGGACUUCAUCAGUAGGUCAAAAUAUUACUAUUGCAUAGCAACAAGGGCAGUUGUACUAUCACUGUCUAGUGAGUGAAGUAAUGAGUGAGUGAGUGAAAGUGUGUGUGUGUGUGUGUGUGUGUAUUGUGUGAUUAAUUUCUGGGUGGGUGAGAGUAAAUGUAUAUUUGCACGAGUUGAUUAAACGUGUGAAUCAAAUAAAAUGAAAGUGCUUUAUAUAUCCUU